CCUUUCUUUUCUCCUCAGAAGAACUUUGUUUCAUCGAUAGCUGAGAGGCUUUGACAGACUGCAUCUCUAAGUUAAUGAGCUGCUUCUAACAAGAAACCACCCAGCCUAUUUUCAUUCACUUUCACUUCCUCUCAAUUCAUGAGAAAGAAGACAAGCGACAGAAGACUAUCUUUUAAUCUGAGAGGAACAUCUGACCGAACGGAGGUAGAAGAAUCUCUUGAGAAGACGUCUGGCAUUACACACAGACUACCUUUCACCAGUUGGACACGGAAAAUGCAACUUCUAGCUUGAAAUGGGUCUUGUAAUGAAAAAUAGCAGAACAAUGCCGUUAAGAAGAUUCAAAUAUCUUCAACUAAGUAUUAUUUUCCUCUUGUUGGAUAUCAGAAGUUUCAUUCUGCCAGUUGCUGGAUUUUCAGUGAGAGGUUGCCACAUAAGUGACAAUAUUGCCAUAUGUGGGCUAACUGAUGGUAAACUCACGGCUGUUCCUCGUGAUAUUCCCUCAACAGUGAAAGGUGUUGACUUGACUUCAAACAAAAUUACAAAAAUACAAGCCGAUGAUUUCAAACAUCUAUCAGUUUUGACACAGUUGGACCUCAAACACAAUUCCAUUUCACAGAUAGAUGCAGGUGCCUUUGCAGAUCUGAUUUCCCUGCAGAAGUUAAAUCUUAACAGUAAUAAACUUGUAGCACUUGGUGAUGAUCUUUUUGGUGGUUUGAGCAACCUGACAGAGCUUAGAAUAACUAGUAAUAACAUGAAAAAGGUGGAGCCUACCACGUUUAAGUCAUUGAAGAGCUUAGAGUUUUUGGACAUCUCUCACAACAAACUGCACAAGAGUACAACAGUGCACUGUAUACUCCAGCAACUGCCAAAUCUACAAAACCUGGUGAUCCCAAACAACGACUUAACCCAUUUUCAAUCAUGGGAAAUAACAAACAGCUCACUACAGCUUUCCUCUCUUGAUUUGUCCCAAAAUUCAAUCGCAGUCUUUCGGAUCAUUGCAGACAUUUUUCCAAAUCUCACCCGGUUAAACAUCGGCUCUACUUUCAAGCAUAAAAUGAUAUGGGAUGUACGUAACAAGACUUUUCUUAGUCGAGUGUCUACUCUUGAUAUUAGUGGGCUCCAACUGGCUUCCAAUGAUUGGAAAACCUUCUUGGAGAGCUUCAACUCCUCCCUAACGGCUCUGAAGAUGACUAAAAUGAAAUAUAACCUGUCAGAGCUCAUCGGCAUUUCCUGCACCAUCCCAACACUGACCAGCCUCCAUCUCAGAGAAAAUAAUCUCUAUUAUAUCGAUCAGCGUUUUUUUCAGCUGUGUGGAAAUGUGAAAGAGAUAGAUCUAAAAAGUAAUUCCAUAAAGUCAGUCCAGGACAAGGCUUUUAGAUCUCUGAGACGUUUGAGGAUCUUGACUCUGAGUCAUAACCGACUUCCAUCAGUUCCAAUCGCCACAAGGAAUAUACCAACACUUUCUGAGCUGGAUCUCUCCAGUAAUAACAUCACCACACUUGGAUGCAACGAUUUCACCAAUCUGACAAAGCUCAGAGAACUCAGCCUUUCUCAGAAUUUAAUCCUAGCUUUAAAAGACUGUGUUUUCAAGGAUUUAAUAGCACUGCAAGUCUUAAAGCUACAGAACAACCACAUCUCCAAACUGAACGGUGCUUUCAAAAAAUACUUGCCAAACCUUUUACAGCUGCGUUUGAAUGGAAAUAAACUCACCGCCAUGAAUCCUGGGGAGUUUAAGGGCUUAAAGUCCCUCCAGAACUUGUCACUACAUGAAAAUAAGAUUGACGACCUUAAAAAGGGGUGUUUCAUUGGACUGACCAAUCUCACUGAUUUGAAUCUACAAUCCAAUAAUAUUCAAAAAGAUACAUUCAAAAGAGGCUGCUUUGAUGAUGUAAAAAGUUUAAAAGAACUGGAUCUGAGGGACAAUCACAUAAGUUAUUAUGACAGUUCAGCUUUAUCCAACCCACCAUUUUCUCAGCUCACUCUUCUGGAAACACUGGCGAUCCCCGCACAGCGCCACAGGUUGAAGUCCAUUCUGCCUUACAACUUCCUGCAGGGUUUGAAAAAUCUAAAAUACUUUGACGCAAGGAAUAUUCAAAUUUUACGCCUCCACAAAGAUACGUUUAAGUACACGCCUCAACUGCAACAACUUGACGUAAGUUCAAAUGAUCUUGCAGACCUUUCGCCAGAUUUGUUUGCCCCAAUUCCAAAUCUGAAAAGCCUCUACAUAUCCAGAACAAGUCUUCAGUCUUUAGAUUUCCUCGUGAAUGCCAAACUUAAAAAACUGGAGUUCCUGCAGUCAAGAAAGAAUGUAUUCCCAGUUAUUACCGAGGGAGAAAUCAUGUCCCUACCAGCUCUGGUUUACCUGGAUCUCUAUGGACAUAGUUUCAAAUGUGAUUGCGAUAACAUCUGGUUCCGAGAGUGGGUGGUAAAAUCCAACCAAACUCAAGUUUUUGAUGCCUAUAACUUCGAGUGCAACUUUCCUCAAAGCCUUAAAGGCACAAAACUGUUGGACCUUGACAUCCGGUCCUGCUUAGUGAACGCUGACUUCAUCUGCUUCGUCUCUACCACCUGUUCAACUCUUCUGUUCAUGCUGGCGUCCUUCACCUACCAUUUCCUGAGGUGGCAGCUGGGGUAUGCAUACUACCUUUUCCUGGCUUUUCUCUUUGACAAAAAAAUGAAUAAAAACAAGCAAGCUACAGACCAGUAUGACGCCUUUAUCUCCUACAACGCUCACGAUGAGCCAUGGGUCGUCAGAGAGCUGCUACCAAAACUGGAAGACGAGCAGGGCUGGAAGUUGUGUCUGCACCAUCGAGACUUUGAGCCAGGUAAACCCAUCAUGGAGAAUAUCUCGGAUGCCAUCUACGGAAGCAGAAAGACGAUAUGUGUGAUCAGUCGCAGAUAUCUGGAGAGUGAGUGGUGCUCCAGAGAAAUGACAUUAGCCAGCUUCCGCCUGUUCGAUGAGCGGAAGGACGUUCUGAUCCUGGUGUUUCUGGAGGACAUUCCCACUGCUCAGCUGUCCCCUUACUACCGCAUGAGGAAGCUGCUGAAGGGGCGGACCUAUCUGAGCUGGCAGAAGGCUGAGGGGAACACUGAGCUGUUUUGGCGGAAACUCAGACAGGCUCUAAGGAGCGAAGAGGACCAUGUUGAGGACCGGUUUCUCCUCACUGUGGUGGACCAGCCAUGACGAAAAAGGAAAGACGAUGUAUUAUAAUGUGAAGUUGAAGUGAAGUUUAUGUAAAAGAUGGUUGCUGUUUAAAGCUAGAGUUAAAACGACAACCCUUUUUACAUAUGGACUCCUGACAUUUUCUAGCUCAUGCAGAACAUAUCAGGACUUGAUGUUUUCCACAUAUAUCACUCAUAUGAAACUCACAGUGGGAGGUUAACAGUGUCAGAUCUGCAUUCACAACUCAAAUACUCUGUUUGAUUUAGGUGGGAGGUGAGGAUGGGGGGGUUGUGUAGAGCAUGCAGGACUAGACGGAGAAGUCUCAAGUUAUGAUGACUGUUUCUGAGUUAGUAUGAACAUGUAUGAAGGCUUCACCACCAUACGAACAACAAUGGGAAACAUAACAGACAACCGAGGCGAGGAGCUGUGUUCUUAUCAUAGACUGUAUAAGUAAUGGACGUAGUAUCCGUGACGUCACCCAUCUGUUUCUGAAGCGUUGUUUUGAAGCCGAUCAUAGGUGGGAGCCAUAUUGGA